ACUGCCGCGCACGCGCACUCAGCGAGGCUUGCUACCAGCCUGCUCUUUUCCCGUCCUUCUCCGCGUGAGCCGCGGCGUGAAGCGCGUGCUUGGCGUCCUUGCAGCUCUUCGAUGGCUAUCCUCUUUUUCGAAGAUGACGAGGCCAGCCGUCAUUUCUUCCUGCCUUUGGUCCGUCAGGCAGUCGGUUGGGACCUGUUGCUACCUUCGUUAUUUCCUGCAAUACAGUGGAUACAGUUUGUUAUGGCUACUCUGAGUGUUAUAGGUUCAAGUUCACUUAUUGCCUAUGCUGUAUUCCAGAACAUACAGAAAUCUCCAGAGAUAAGGCCACUCGUUUAUCUGAGCUUCUCUGACCUCCUCCUGGGGAUAUACUGGCUCAUUGAGGCACUUCUCUAUGGAACUUCAGCAGCCAAUAAGGACAUCGUCUGCUAUAACUUGCAAGCAGUUGGACAGAUACUCUACAUUUCCUCAUUUUUCUACACUGUCAAUUACAUCUGGUACCUGUACAAAGAGCUGAGGAUGAAACCCCACCAGAGUGGACAGAGCACAGUUCCACUGGUUAUAGGUUAUACCUGUCGAGUUAGUCAAAUAGCCAUCAUUUUGUCAAGCCUGAUACCUCUACUAUUGAUGAUACCUGUAUUCUGUUUGGGCAAUGCCAGUGAAUGUUUCCGCAACUUCAGCCAGAGCCACAGGUGUAUCCUGAUGUACUCACCACCAACAUCCAUGGCUAAAGUCCUGCCUUCUGCCAACAUAUCAGUCUGUAGCACACUUUAUUUUUAUGGGCUUAUCAUUUUCCUGGCCAGCUUUCUACUCAGCCUCCUCACCAUUGUGGUGGUCACAAAGCACCGAGCUGAUCUCCCUGCAACACAGCCUUUAAUAAAGUGUUUUAAAAGAGAAUCUGCCCAGACACUUUACAAGAAGUUUCUGAAAUCGACUGGCUUUCUGGGGAGUGAACAGUGGGCAGUGAUUCACAUUGUGGAGCAGCGAGUACGCUUCUACCCCGUGGCCUUCUUUUGCUGCUGGGGCCCAGCUGUCAUUCUGAUGAUCAUAAAGAUGACUAAGCCACAGGACACCAAACUUCACAUGGCCCUCUAUGUUCUCCAGGCUCUAACAGCAUCAUCUCAGGGUCUGCUCAACUGUGGAGUAUACAGCUGGACACAGUACAAGUUCUACCAACUAAAGCAAGAAGCUCGGCAUGAUGCAGACACCCAGACACCAUUAUUAUGCUCACAGAAGAGAUUCUAUAGCAGAGGCCUAGAUCCACUGGAGUCUACCAUUGCUUUUGCUACUAGCACCUCCACCAUUCUUUGAAACUGUAAAACUGGAACAUCCAGAACUGGAAUGAUUCUACACUAAUGGUUUGGGAGGAAUGUUUGGGAAGAACAUCUUAAGUCUUUUCUAACCAUGCCUUAAACUACGGAAGUGAAAGGGAGUGUAGUGCCAUGGUUAGUAGCUACUCUAGGUGAAGUGGGUGGGAUCUAAUCAUUAUUCU